AUGAAGUCUGUCUCAACUCUCCUAGUUGCUCUAGCUGGUCUGGCGCAGCUAGGCGCCUCUCAGAGCGUCGUCGGAAAGGCUGAAGGCUUCGCCAAGGGCGUCACGGGCGGUGGCAAGGCGACUCCCGAUCACCCGCAGACCAUCCAGGAGUUGACCAAGCUGCUCACCGACAAGCAGCCUCGCGUCAUUGUGCUUUCCAAGGAGUUUGACUACACCACCUCUGAGGGUACCGAGUCUGGAAAUGUCUGCGCCAGCUGGGGCACAGGUGACAAGUUCCAGAAGAUUAUUCAGGAUGAUUGUGGUGGCAAGCCUGCUUCGCGGGAGACGUGGAACAAGGCUGCUAGGACUCCUAUUGACGUUGCCUCUGACAAGACCAUUCUGGGUGUGGGUGACAAGGCUGGUAUCAAGGGCAAGGGUUUGAGAAUGCGUGGUGGUGUCAAGAACAUCAUCAUCCAGAACAUCCACGUUACCGAUCUCAACCCCAAGUACGUCUGGGGUGGUGAUGCCAUCUCUUUCGAUGGCGCCGACCAAGUCUGGGUUGAUCACGUCACGACUGCGCGCCCCGGCCGCCAGCACUACGUCUUCGGCUUCAACCCCAGCAAGCGCAUCACGCUAUCCAACAACUUCAUUGACGGCCAGUCUCCCUACUCUACUGGAGGUGACGGCUACCACUACUGGACUUUUGAGAUGGUUGGCAAGGACGACCAGAUCACCAUGCAAAACAACUACAUCAAGCGUACCGCUGGCCGCAGCCCUGCCCUCAGCGGCAAGACUCUUCUUCACGCCGUCAACAACGUCUGGGAGGACAACAACGGCCACGCCAUCGAGGGAGGCGAAGCUACCGCCCGCGGCAUCUUUGAGGGUAAUGUCUUUAUCAACGUAAAGACGAUGGUUUCCGACUACAAGGGUCGUCUCUUCACUGCCCCCAGCUCCAACACGGACUGCCAGCUUGCCCUCGGCCGAGCCUGCCAGACCAACCUCCUCCAGAACUCACAGGGUGGCUUUGACUACAAGGACACUUCCUUCUUCUCCGAGUACUCCAGCUUGAACAUUGCACCCGCUGUUUCCGCUAACAAGGCCAAGACCUCUGUGCCUCAGAACGCCGGUGCCGGCAAGGUC